AUGCUGUCUCAGCCCGUCCGGUUGCAGCGAGCAACCCUGGACGACACACUAGCGCACUUUGGUGUCUCCCCAACUGUCGGCCUGCCUGCCGCUAGCAUCUCUGGGCUACGUGAGACGCACGGAUACAACGAGUUUGCGGUGUCUGCACCUGAGCCGCUUCUGGUCAAGUUCGCGAAGACUAUUUACGAGAACCCGUUGAUUUUAUUGCUGUGCGGAAGCGCGACAGUAAGCGCGGUGAUGGGGAAUGUUGACGAUGCAGUCAGUAUCACCGUAGCGGUCUUGAUCGUGUUGACCGUUGGCUUCGUCCAAGAACAGCGCUCUGAGAAAAGCCUAGAAGCAUUAAAUAAGCUCGUCCCGCACCAUUGCCAUAUCACCCGUGACGGUCAACCGCUACAUCUACUUGCGAACGAGCUCGUCCCAGGCGAUAUCGUCACAUUAGCGACAGGCGACCGUGUCCCGGCCGAUGUGCGUCUGCUGACCGCGGUAGACCUCGAAAUAGACGAGAGCAGCCUUACGGGGGAAACAACCGCACGCCGGAAGGAUGCAGAGCCGUGCCAGCCCGUGCGCGGACCCGCAGAGAGUGCGAAUGGAUACGCGAAUAUGAACGGCAUGGGCAAUGGGCAUUCGCAUGGUGAGCCGGUUGCGCUUGCCGACAGGACGUGCAUUGCGUAUAUGGGCACACUGGUGCGGAAUGGCAGGGGCUCUGGUAUUGUCAUUGCUACCGGAACACAGACGGAGUUUGGGGUCAUCUUUUCCAUGAUGCAAGACGUCGAGGAGAAACGUACGCCUCUGCAACUCAGCAUGGACGAGCUUGCCAAGAAACUCUCCGCGAUCUCAUUUGCGAUCAUCGGUGUCAUCUGCGUUAUUGGCGUUUGCCAGCACCGCGCAUGGCUAGACAUGUUCACCAUCGGAGUAUCCCUCGCGGUUGCGGCGAUACCUGAGGGGCUGCCAAUCGUCACUACGGUGACACUCGCGUUGGGUGUGCUGAGAAUGUCGAAACGCAAAGCGAUCGUCAAGAAGCUUCACUCAGUCGAGAGCCUGGGUUCUGUGUCAGUCAUCUGUUCUGAUAAGACAGGAACUCUGACGAAAAAUGAACAGACAGUAAUGGAGAUUUACGUCGUGGACGAGCCGGUCCAUUGUGAUCCCUCUGCGGCUGCACCUCCUGUUCACCAGCAUACUGUAGCCGUCAAAAAAACCUUGGCGGUGGGUGCGCUUUGCAACAACGCUAUACACAAGGAAGAUGGCACGUUUGUCGGUCAGUCAACGGACGUGGCUUUGCUCAAUGUGCUGUCGGUUUUCGGGCUUAGCGACCCACGUCAGGAGUUCGCGCGGCAGUCAGAACUUGCAUUCAGCUCCGAGCGCAAGUAUAUGGCUGUGAGCGGUAUGCACGGCGCGUCGGCGAGCGUACCGAAUGGCAAGGAUUCGGGUCGGGAGAUGUACUACAUCAAGGGCUCGAUCGACGCCAUUCUGGAACGGUGCAAGUUCUACUACGUCUCCGACGAUUCGACUCCGGCACUCGACGCGAACACCCGUGCCGUCAUCCUGACACGCGCACAGUCGACGGCCUCACGCGGGUUGCGUGUGAUUGCUGUUGCAUAUGGUUAUGGCUCCGUAGAGUCUCAGAACGGGGUUGGCAGCGGACCGGGCACUCGUGCAGGAACACCUGUGCCCUCGAGCCUCGACAGGGAGCGACCAAAGAGCAACCUUGUCUUCGUCGGGUUCCAAGCGAUGUUGGACCCGCCGAGGAAGGGCGUAGCGGACGCCAUCGCGCUCUUGCACAGCGGUGGAGUACAAGUAGUGAUGAUCACUGGUGAUGCAGAAGAGACAGCACUGUCCAUCGCGCGUGCGCUUGGUUUGCGCGUAGGCGCUCGAGACCGCGGUGCUUGCCUGACGGGACAGGCCAUCGACCGGAUGACCAAAAGCCAGCUUAUGGAGAGUGUAGGGGCGGUAAGCGUAUUCGCCAGAACGACGCCCAAGCACAAGAUGGCAAUUGUGGAAGCCUUCCAGGCCAGAGGUGCAGUCGUAGCGAUGACUGGUGACGGCGUUAAUGACGCACCGGCGCUCAAGAUGGCGGAUAUCGGUGUGUCUAUGGGGAAGAGCGGCACCGAUGUCGCAAAGGAGGCUGCAGACGUCAUCCUUGUUGAUGACAACUUUAACACAAUCUUACCUGCCGUUGAGGAAGGAAAAUCCAUCUUCCAUAAUAUCCAAAACUUCCUAUCCUUCCAAUUGAGUACAGCUGUCGCCGCUCUCACGCUGAUCACGAUGAGCACGAUCUUUGGGCUGAGCAAUCCACUCAACGCGAUGCAGAUUCUCUUCAUUAACAUUCUCAUGGAUGGUCCACCAAGUCAAUCGUUAGGCGUCGACCCUAUAGAUCCCCAAGUAAUGCGCCGACCACCAAGAAAAAAGGACGAGCCGAUCAUCAGCAGGCGACUCACAUAUCGCAUAUUGUUCUCUGCGACAGUGAUCGUCGUAGGCACUAUGUACAUCUACCUCUACGCGCUCUCCGACGACAAUAUGUCACGACGAGAACAGACAAUGACGUUCACCUGCUUCGUCUUCCUCGACCUCGUAUCUGCUGUACAAAACCGCGGCUUGGGAUGCGGACUACUACAAAACCCCAUGCUCGUCACAACUGUGUCAACAUCGUUCUUAGUGCAGUUAGGUCUCAUAUACCUGCCCUUCAUGCAGAGUAUCUUCCAGACCGAAGCCCUCAGCAUGACAGAUAUAUCGAGGUUGCUUCUCAUUGCCGCAGUCUCCGCGGCAUUGCAUGAGGUGCGACGGAGAUACGAGCGUUCUUUGAAUGUGGAUCUGUCGUAUGCCACUUCUGCACAAGAGAUGGCAUAA